GUUUCAGGAAAAGGAGCGCAAGGGAGGGAGUCAUUUCCUUCACCGCCAUUUUGUGAUAACAAGGAGCCGAAAGCAGAGCCAAGAAUUGCAUGCAGCCAGGCUGAACAUACAUUAAUUAUUGUAGCUUCACACUGUAGUUUCAUAACCAAUGUUUAAUUCGCUAGCGGAUGCUAAAUGUUAUUAGCACUCAGUAGUUAACCUUGUUAGCUUAUUUCUAUUCCUUCUCAUCGCUGCCCUGCCACACCAGCUAACAUAAGGCUCGAAAGCUAUUACUGACUGAAUUCAAAAUGACCAACGAGGAGCCUCUACCGAAGAAGGUUCGCCUCAACGAGUCUGACAUGAAGACCCUGACCAGAGAGGAGUUGUGUACCAGGUGGAAACAGCACGAAGCAUAUGUCCAGGUCCUGGAGGCUAAAUACACAGAGCUAUGUUCCAAUGAUGUGCCAGGACUGAAGGAGUCCGAGGAGAAGCUGAAGCAGCAGCAGCAGGAGUCUGCACGGAGGGAGAACAUCUUGGUGAUGCGGCUUGCGACGAAGGAGCAGGAAAUGCAAGAGUGCACAACCCAGAUCCAGUACCUCAAGCAAGUCCAGCAGCCGAGUGCGGCCCAACUGCGGUCAUCCAUGGUGGACCCGGCCAUCAACUUGUUUUUCCUCAAAAUGAAGGCUGAACUAGAACAGACUAAAGACAAACUGGAGCAGGCCCAAAAUGAACUGAGUGCCUGGAAAUUUACACCUGAUAGCCAAACGGGGAAGAAACUGAUGGCCAAGUGUAGAAUGCUGAUUCAGGAAAACCAGGAGCUGGGUAGACAGAUGUCCCAGGGACGGAUCGCCCAGCUGGAGGCUGAGCUGGCGCUGCAGAAGAAGUACAGCGAGGAGCUCAAGAGCAGCCAGGACGAGUUGAAUGACUUUAUCAUCCAGCUAGACGAGGAAGUGGAGGGAAUGCAGAGUACCAUCCUCGUGCUGCAGCAGCAGUUGAAGGACUCCCGUCAGCAGCUGUCUCAAAAUCAGGGGCCGUCUGCCGGAGCGGGCCCCAGCAGGACUUCACCUUCUGUGUCCUCCAUGUCAGUUGAACCGUCCACCCAGCCCGAGCAGGCCAGCGCAACAUCUGAACCAGCGGGCAAAGACUACGGGAGGGUCGCCAACGGACCAAGCAACGGCAACUCAUCCCAGAGGAGCGAGACGGCCACGCCCAGCCUGUACCGGGAGGUCAGCAGCACUGAGGAAGACUUUCCCAUGUCCCCCAUGGUUUCCAGCCCCGGCGAGACCGAGACCAAACUGUCCAACCACUCUGAGGAGGCGUCAGGAAGUCAGACUGCUGCGGGGAGGGUCGGAGGACCCUCGGGUUUCGGGAGCCAGCUCAGCGCAGGGUACGAAAGCGUGGACUCUCCGACAGGCAGCGAGACGUCAUUGACUCAGCACUCGAAUGACACAGACUCCACCACCGACCCCCAUGAGGACAAGGCUGCCGUGGUGACCAAGGGCACCAGGACUGCGGGGUCACGGCACGCUCAGAACGGCCUGGACUCCAGCACGGUCGACAGUGCAGUUUUGUAAUGUACUUUGACAUGUACUUUGAAAUUUGUACUGUCUUUUUUUUUUCUUUUUUUAUACAAUAUACAAACAAGGCAACAAAUGCAUAGUCUGUAACACGGCGCUGCUGUCUAAGACAUUUUGUUUUCACCCUGCUCUCCUUGCCUCUCGUGAUGCCUCUGUCACAUUUGUGUUGCUAAACAGGGAUUUAACAGGUAUGGGUUAAUGUUAGAUUUGAAUUGAGUGGAUGUUUCAUUCUGCUGUUUUAUUUGAGCAUGUCUAUGCUGUUCUUGUUUGAGCUCUUGACACUGAAAUCAGGCAUCUGGUCUUGUAACUCAUCGUCAAAAGUCAGUAAAAUCACUGAAUUACUGUAGCUUCGCAAUAUUCAAGGUCAUUUUUUAGAUGUUGGCCUGUGUUUUUUGUUUUUAAAUGCAGUUUAAAUUUUUCAUUGACAAAAAUUCUGUUCAAAAGACUCUGUUGAAUUGUGAGUAGUUUAUAUGCGAUGUUCAUAUUAUUCUGACUUCAGUCCUUUUCAUGUACUGACCAAAUACCAAUAAAGAUUUUUAAUACUA